AUGAGAAGAAAACGGUUUAUUUCGCAGAGGUCGAUCGAGCUGGCAGCGGGAGCGCAGCGGGACGCCACCGGCCCGACCCUCCCGCUCAGGCGGGUCCGCCCACUCUGUAUGAACGUCUUGGAUUUCUUUAGACGCGGCCCUCGCUGUCUCUUUUCAGGGGAGUGCAGCGCCUUCAAGGAGCGGUUCAUGGAGUGCCUCCGCGACAGCGGCUACGAGAGCGGUGCCUGCCGGCAGCGCGCCAUGGCCUACCUGGAGUGCCGCAUGGAGAGGCAACUUAUGGCUAACGAACCACUGGAAAAAUUGGGAUUUAAAGACCUGAUAGAUGAGAAAUCAGAAGCAAAACCUGAAAAGUUGUAACGAAGACAGACAACUUUGCUCCUCAUGUAUGGAAAGCAUAACUCUUAAUGUAGUACAUAUUGUACGUUCUGUUUGUAUUGCAAUAGGAAGUGUUUCUUGAAGAAACCUUUUUUCCAAGGUUUAAUUUUCCUAAAAUAAGAUUUUUUUUUUUUUAAAUGAGCGAAAGUACUGCCUUUGUCUACUUUCCCUAAAUAUUUUUUCCUUUUAAUUUCUCUAACCUACUUUUAAAGAUCCAUAAGAACCUGGAGAAAACAAUUAUUGCCUGAAAUAGUCUCUGUAAGAAUACCGAAGUCUUAUUUUAGAAAGGCAAUCCCCCCGCUUUAUUGUGUAGAUAUUGAACUACAGAUUAAUUUUGUGUGGGCAUUACUAAUAUGCUUACAGCAGUUACUUGUCAGGUGGAAAUAAAGCUGUUGUGGUACGUGCAAA